GCCGGGCGCGGCGGGGAAGGAAGGGGUCAGGGAGCGGGUCCCCUCCCCGACCCCCGAGCUGGGCUUGUGCGGCCGGCCCGGGCCGCUCCUCCUCGCCUGGCCUCGCCUCCCGGCUCCGCUGCUUCCCUUCCUCCUUCCUUCCCUCCCUUCCUUCCCUUCCCUUCCCUCCGCCGGCGCCCAUUUCGGCGCGGCCGGGCACCCGGAGUGUCUGCGGGCCGCCGGCUGCUCCGCGCCGCUUGGCUCCUUCCCCCAGUAACAGCUCCCACAUUCCGCCCCGAUCCCUCCUCAAUCUCAAUCACACACACACAUAUUACUUUUUUUUUUUUUUCCCCUCCUUCCUCGGGACUUAAUCUCCAGUCCCCCCCCCACCCGCCCUCCCCACCCUCCCCUCCCCCGGCCCCUGGCUCGGAUAUAAUUGAAUAUCACAGCGCUACGCGCUGGGUAUUUUUUUUCCUUCCUCCUCCUGUGUGUGUGUGGUGGUUUUGUUGGUUUUUUUUUUUCCCUGGUGUUUUUUUUUUUCUGCUCCUCCUCUCGGUGUGGACACCUUAAAAAUACAUAUAUAUUUAUAUAUAUAAUCGAUAACUCUACGCGUGUACACACACACACACUCACACGGGCAGGGAUGUGCGCGUAUAUACACGCGGCGGUAUAAAACACACGGGAGGAGGAGAGAGACAAUCCAGGGUGAAUUCCUCGUGCCUCCAUUCCCGGGGAAAGGGGGGAGCAGCCGCUGGCAAGCAUCACCCUUCUGUGGCAAGAGGCACCUGAAAGGAAAACUUCUGCAUAUCAAUGCACUGCCAAUGGUGGUGUAAUACCAGGGGCUGUACUGCUGCCACAUCACAAUUUUGUGGGGUUUCAGAGAGUAGUUCUGGGUUGUGUCCUUUGUUGUGACCUCAUGGUUUAACUGGGAAUAAAGAUGAGUAUAAGCAGUGAUGAGGUUAACUUCCUGGUAUAUAGAUACUUGCAAGAGUCAGGGUUUUCCCAUUCAGCAUUUACCUUUGGUAUAGAGAGCCAUAUCAGCCAGUCUAAUAUAAAUGGUGCUCUGGUGCCACCAGCUGCUUUGAUUUCCAUCAUCCAGAAAGGUCUGCAGUAUGUAGAGGCAGAAGUCAGUAUUAAUGAGGAUGGUACCUUGUUUGAUGGUAGGCCGAUAGAGUCUCUCUCACUGAUAGAUGCAGUGAUGCCUGAUGUGGUACAGACAAGGCAACAGGCCUACAGAGACAAACUUGCACAACAGCAGGCAGCAGCUGCUGCAGCUGCAGCUGCCACCAACCAACAGGGAUCAGCAAAAAAUGGAGAAAAUACUGCAAAUGGAGAGGAGAACGGAGCACACACUAUAGCAAAUAAUCACACGGAUAUGAUGGAAGUAGAUGGAGAUGUGGAAAUCCCUCCCAACAAGGCAGUGGUGCUGCGUGGCCACGAAUCUGAAGUGUUCAUCUGUGCCUGGAACCCCGUCAGUGACCUUCUGGCCUCAGGGUCGGGGGACUCGACGGCGCGGAUCUGGAACCUGAGCGAGAACAGCACAAGCGGCUCCACGCAGCUGGUGCUGCGCCACUGCAUCCGGGAGGGCGGGCAGGACGUGCCCAGCAACAAGGACGUCACAUCGCUGGACUGGAACAGUGAAGGUACACUUCUAGCAACUGGGUCUUAUGAUGGCUUUGCAAGGAUAUGGACUAAAGAUGGUAAUCUUGCCAGCACCUUAGGGCAACAUAAAGGUCCUAUAUUUGCGUUAAAAUGGAACAAGAAAGGAAACUUCAUUUUAAGUGCAGGAGUGGACAAGACCACAAUUAUUUGGGAUGCCCACACUGGCGAAGCCAAGCAGCAGUUUCCUUUUCAUUCUGCACCAGCAUUAGACGUUGAUUGGCAGAGUAACAACACAUUUGCCUCUUGCAGUACAGACAUGUGUAUUCAUGUUUGUAAACUAGGACAAGAUAGGCCCAUCAAAACCUUCCAGGGUCACACAAAUGAAGUAAAUGCAAUCAAAUGGGAUCCAACUGGUAAUCUGCUGGCAUCCUGCUCUGAUGACAUGACUCUAAAGAUCUGGAGUAUGAAACAAGACAGUUGUGUCCAUGAUCUACAAGCACACAACAAAGAAAUUUAUACUAUCAAAUGGAGUCCUACAGGACCAGGAACAAAUAAUCCAAAUGCCAAUCUUAUGUUAGCAAGUGCAUCCUUUGAUUCUACUGUUAGGUUAUGGGAUGUAGACAGAGGAAUUUGUAUUCAUACUCUGACAAAACAUCAAGAACCUGUGUACAGUGUAGCUUUCAGUCCUGAUGGCAGGUACCUGGCCAGUGGCUCCUUUGAUAAAUGUGUACACAUCUGGAAUACACAGACAGGUGCCCUAGUUCACAGUUAUCGGGGAACAGGAGGGAUUUUUGAGGUUUGCUGGAAUGCAGCAGGAGACAAAGUUGGAGCAAGUGCUUCAGAUGGUUCAGUUUGUGUAUUAGACCUCCGGAAAUAGCGCUCUUAGUUGGAAGCCAUGGACCGACUAUGAAUGUGUACAUAGCCAAAAUGACUGUCCCUGACCCAUGUACUGCUAUAGUCCCAACAGAACCAUGGCCAGUCCACUACAGCCAAAUGUAAAACAAAUAUAUACAUAUACUGUAUAUAAAAAAAAAAAAAGGAGGAAAAAAAAAAAAAAAAGGAGAAAAAAAAAAAUUUACACCCUGAAGAGGAUGACAGAGUUUUGUCACAGCUUGUGAAUCCUGUUCACCAAGUGCUGGAAUCUGCUGUGCCCCAAAAUAACAUUUAAAGGUUUUGGAUAUGAAAAACAGAAGAGAGCGAGAGAGAGAGAGAAAUAUACCAUAUACAAGAGCAGACCCAUAUACAUACCAAAAUCAGAAGAUACUAAUGGCAGCCUUCAUUACCCCUUGCCCCAUGAAAUCCCUUCUCACGUGGAUUGUGGGGUAUUUUUGUGUUCCUUCUCAGUAGUUGAGCAGUUUGUGUGUACAGAGAAAAACGGACUUACAGAAAUCUGCAGCAGUAGUUUUUUUUUUCUUUGCUUUUAAACAUUGGGUUUUCUGUUUUGUUUUGGUUAAGUUUACGGAUGCAUGAAGUAAGGGAGUGAUUUAGUUUCUUGUUUAUAUUUUUUCACCUUGGAAAACAAAAAAAAAAAAAAAAAGCGUUUCUUUGAAACAUGUUUUGAUGCAUUCUUUGAAGAGGUAGUUUGAACCUGAUGAUGUUUGGUACAUUUUGUGGCUCCCAGAGCACAAUUUUGUGAACAGAGGGAGGGUGGAAAAGGGAUAAGGGAGAGAGAAGAAAACAAAAAAAAAAUAAAAAAAUCCUUCUUUGUGGUGUGAUAUUUCACAUCCUUCUCAUCUGCAAAGUAGGAUGGAAAUGGAUAUAAUGCUAUGUUUGACUUUCUGGUGACAUGGCUGAAAUACAGUAAUUUCUUAUUUGGGACAUAAUUCUGCCAAACUUAAGAACAGAAGGGCACAAAAACAGAGGAAAAAAAAAACACAACAAAACAGGGAUGCAAAAAAAAAAAAAAAAAAAGCUAAAAAGAUAAAGAGGAAAAAUGCAUCUUCUGUUGCUUUAAGACCAUAGCUAAAAUAUGGUUAAAUUGUGCACUAUUGUGAAAAGGAGCAAAGUAUAGCUGGGGGAUUUUGUUUAAGAGGUUAAGAUCUUUCUGGACAAGGGUUCAUGCCACAGCUUCUUUGAGAGUUGCCCAUCAUUAUUUGUAGGAGCUUAGAUGUAUAAUUGUAACCAAACUCCAGUAUUAAAAGUAUUUCAUGUAAUUUUUCUUUAUUAAAAUAAAAUCUUUGGCAUAUAUUUGAUAACACUGCCAUUAAGAGGCAAAAUGUUUACUACCUUAGAUUUAAAAAAAAAAAUCUUAAACAGAGGACUUGCUUCAAGUUUAUUUUAAUAGCAGUGAUUCAGCUUAUUUAAAAGAUGAAUACUUGCACUAAUUCCCCUGCUGCUCUGGUCCUGCAGUUUAUUGUAUCUUGUGACUACAUUUUUUUCCAAAUAUAGGGUAGAUGUAAGCUGCUAUUUUUUUAAUAAUCACUACUAUAUAGUGUCUUUUACUCUGUUUACAAUAUCAAGUAUUUUUCUUACAAUGACAGAUGUAUAUGGCAAACCUUUUUCUGCUCAUGUGAUUAAAAGUAUACUAAUAGUGAUUUUAUUUGUAAAUGAUAGCAUGAGGUUGUGUUUAUGCCUAUGUGUAGUCGAAAAGGUUGCAUCAUGUCUUGCAUAAGAUUCCAAGAGUGUAAAUUUAUAAAAAAGAGAGGUUGUCAAAUUUAUGUCACAGACAUUUUACUUAAGGAAUGGUUUAUAUUACAGAGCUUUGCAAAGUUAUGGGUUUUAUAACACUAUUUCAAUCACAAUUAAUUUUGUGACUUAUGAUUGUUAGUCUCUAACCUAUUUUUUUAUUCAUUUGGGGUUUUUUUUUUCCCCCUCCAAGUUAAGUAUAAAUUCAUUUAAUUGAGAUAAUGCAGCUUUGACAUUUUAACCAUUGUUCUUUAGGCAUCGAUUUCUGCUAUUUCCAUGAAAUAAACAUGACUUGAAGCAAGUCUGAGUUUGGCUAAGGUAGGGUAGCAAUUUGCCAGUGGUAACGACAAGUCAACAAUACAUGGUUUAUAUACACCCCAGGAUUAUACUGCUAUCAUACACAGCAUUUUAACCAACACCAAGUCAUAUCCAUAAAGACAGUUAUCCGUGGUGGUUCUGUGCCAGCUAUUUUUAGGGUUUUGGAACAUAUUGCAAAUGUUUAGAGCAAUUACCCUGUGAGUUACAAUAUGUAGGAAACCUAAUAUAUUGAGUGUCUGGCACUUGAAAUAUUGCUUUUAUUGCUGGAGGUCCAUGACUGUGGCUGACCUCUGUCAUUUAAUGAAAAAAAAAAAAAAAUAAAAAAAAAUUCUGUGCAAUAAUUUAAAACUGUGCUCCCAGGAAUAGACACAAAUGUUUUGAGUAUGUUUAAGCUGCAUUUUUCGUUUAGCAAUGCAUUUGUCAAUUGCACUGAAUUUAAAUCUGAAAGUCAGAAGUGAUUCUUGAUAGUACUUUUGUAUUUUAAUAUGGACAGUUUAUUCAUUUUCAUAAAUGUUAUUGGAUGAUUCUUUCAGCCAAUCUAAACAAUUGUGGUGGAAUUCUGUGACAUAGCUGCAAAAUCACACAGCCAUUUUUUAGGGUAUUGCCAUUUUUCCUCUUUCCUCAAUCAUCAGCUGUUUUGGUUGUAAUUCUAGUUGCUUCAGCUUAGCAUCACACACUGAGAAAUAGAGGAACAGCAGAGCGUGUCCAGGUCAGGUGUGGGUCUGGCAGGAAUGAGGGCUCUGCUGGACACAGCACCUGCCCCAGGGAGUGCCCAGUGUCCCCAGGGAGUGCCCCUUGACCCCAGCAGUGUCCCCAGCCCAGGUCAGUGUCCCCAGCCCAGGUCCAGCUGUCCAGCCUCCCAUGCCACAGUGCUGCUCCUGCUCCCGCACGCCGGGUUCUGCCACCUGCCAACCAAAAACCAGACAAAAACAGCACAGAACCGAGUUAAUUACUGACUUGUACAGCACCAAGGCCUCGAGUUCCAGCGUGCCCAAAUUGCUCCUUUCAGAGGGAAAGCCAAAUGGCAGCAGGGCCCUGAUUUGUGUAGGGUGUGCAUGCUCGGUCUUAGAGGUGGAGUCAUUCCUGUUUUUAUCAGUUCAGCACGAUAACAGGCAAAUACCCAAACACAGGAUAAAAGGAAGGGGAAAAGCUGGGCUCAGAAUGAAUGAUGGGAUAAGAAAUGAGCUGCUCUUGAGUUCGCUGUCUUUCUGUGCAUCCACCUCAGAAUCCCGUUUCUCAUUUUUGCAUGACCAGAUCCAGCUUUCUGUAGAGUUCGUCUUUUUCUAUUUUUACUUUACCUUUUUCUGCAUUUUUAAAUUGAUGUAAAGAUUCCCAACCAGUGGACUUUUUAGUGUAGUUAAGAGAAUAUCUAGGUCUUCAUAAAAGCUUUUUUAGACUCUUUGUAAUGUUGAUAAACUGAGUUUAUUCUGGGACUACCAUUGUGCAGGGUUAUUUAGCAUGUCUACUAGAUGAUUGGAAAUCUUAUAUGAAACACUAAAAGUGCCUCUUUUUCUGGGUUGGGUGGAGGGCAGGUAGUAGUUACCAGAGUCAGAACGACAUGGCAUUUCGAAGCAUGUUUCUUGAUUUCGUGACACUUUAAUGCAUCUUGAGAGAAAGGCCAAAGAUUUCUACCAGUUUUUGAUUGAUUUUUGAGUUUUGAAAAGCACUCCUUUUUCCUUACACUGCUUACCUCAUGCUAGGGCGUCUGACAGGGCGUUGUACCUUGGGAAUGUCCUUUGUGUUUAGGGACAGCAGUGGGUGGCACGGGGCGGCCGUGCUGGUUUAAUUCUGAUGUUUAAUUCUGCUGUGGGGAGGACAUCCAUUACCACUGCAAACUGGGGCCUUCAGCCUGUCAAUUGUCUGGUUUUGUCUGUGUAGCAAAGAGGGGAGCCUUGGUUUUUCCAAGCUUUACUUCCUUAGAAAUCCCACUGUCUGUCACUCCACCCUUGCCAGGGCGAGUGCUGGAGGCUGUGCUGAACCCAAGGGUGGAUAAAAUGAGCUUCAACCCCAUGAAACCCCAGGAUGGAUAAAAUCAGCCUCAGCCCUAGGAUGAAUAAAAUGAGCCUCAUCCCCAUGAACACCUAGGCUGGAUAAAGUCAGCCUCAUCCCCAUGAACCCCCAAGUGGAUAAAAUCAGUCUCAUCCCCAUGAACCCCCAAGUGGAUAAAAUCAGUUUCAUCCCCAUGAAACCCCCAAGGUGGAUAAAAUAAGUCUCAUCCCCAUGAACCAACCCCCAAGGUGGAUAAAAUAAGUCUCAUCCCCAUGAAACCCCCAAGAUGGAUAAAAUCAGCCCCAUCCCUCCAUGGCAGUGGGGUUUUACCAGAGCAGGACCUGCUGGAUUUAGCCCAGUUCCUUCCUGGCUCCCUUCCCAAAGCCCUGUAGAGCCAUUCCCGGGUGGGAUCACUUUCCCCCUCUGCAGACGCCUGAAGAAAGCAGAAGCAACCUUGUGGCAUGUCAGAAGCAGAUACAGCUUGGGAGACAGCAGUAAAUCCCCAUCGGGAUCCCUGACAUUUCCUAGGGAGACAGACGUGGAGCAGUCCUCACUUCUCCCUCUAGAGAAAGCUCUGAAAUACCACGAGCUGUGAAAGUGUGACUGUCUUCACUGUCAGUCUGGUGGGAGGCAGACAAACCAGGAAAAUCUGCCCUUUCGAGUGGAUUGCAGAUUUAGUGUUAAUAGUGCUUCAGAUCAGUAGUUUUGAGUACAUAAUUCGCUUUCUUUGCCUUUAAGUUUGAAGCUUGACAAUAACUUGAGGCAUGUUUUUGUUUUGUUUUGUUUUUUUUAAAUUUUUGAAUAAUCAUUCAUUUUUACUUCAUAAUGUUUUUUGACAUUUGUGGGUAAAUACAAGAAAACAGUCUGCAUGUUGUUGCUAGUCCAGUGUACUUUGCAAUCUUGUCCUCAACAGACUGCAGUGUGCAGAACAGUAAUUCUAGAAUACAGAAGUAAUUUUCUCUCUCUCCUGACAUUGACAUUGUAGUUGUAAUGGUUUCAUUUGGAGUUACAAAUCCUUUGGGUCUAAUUCUGUGAGCCUACCUAUAGCACUGGAUUAAAAUGUCUGCAUCAUUUCUUCAGUUAUCCAGUUAAACUACAACUGUUGUAAAAGUGUAAACCAGCCCAUGACAGUUUUUUGUACUUGUUUAAAGGACUUUUAUUGUUCAGUUUUCAUGAUUAUUGUCUAAAGAAGACUGAUAUAGAUGUUCUAUACUGUCCUGGACCAUGUUAAUUACACUUUAUGAUGUAUUUUGGUUCUACAUCACAAUGAUUUGUCCCCAAGGCCCUUAUAUCCCUUCUAGGCACAUUUUCUGUUGCAGUUUCCCUUUGCAUUGUAUUGCUUUGACAACUGUAAUUUGAAUCAGAUCUGAAAGAGGUCCAGAAUAAAAUAUAUUUUGAUAUUA